AUGCCAGACCGCGCACCGACCCCAAUCCCGGCGCUGGCGCAUCCCGGCGCAUCGUUCCUCACAAACACACAGCCCGUGACGCUUCCGGACGGACGGGUCUUGCAGACCUAUACUGCCGGGAGCGGGGGCGACGUGAUCGUCCUCGAGUCGGGAAUGGGCGCAGGCGCAGCAUACUGGGGUUUAGUGGUCGACGAGCUGGUGUCUCAUCCUGUGCGAGUGGUUGGCUACGACCGGGCGGGAUAUGGCGGUUCGACGCCGGCGAACGACACUCGGCGCGUCCAAGAUCUGGCCAACGACCUCGUCCACCUCCUCUCCACCCUCGACAUGGACCGCCUCGUCCUGGUCGGACAUAGUUGGGGCGGCCCGAUCCUACGCGUUGCCACCGCCCAACUCCCUCCCGACAUUAAGAGAAAACUCGCUGGCCUCCUCCUCGUCGACCCAUCAGACGAACUGUGCCGUUUCUACUAUUCCUACACGACCAUCUGGUUCUUCUGGGCCAGCUCAUACCUCAUCUACGCGGCUUAUUACCUCGGAUUGAUGCCUAGGAUCGGACGCGCAGUCCUCGAUCCACUCCCGGAACCAUAUAUGUCCGCAGCGUUGGCUGCAUCGCUGCCGCACGCGCAGGCAUGGGAGGUCAUGGAUAUCACGACCAACUUGCGCACGUGUGAGAAGGCAGAUAUCACCGGAACCAGACUUACACUCAUCUCAGCCGGUGGCGAUGAGAUAGGACAAGCGAGACGAGACGAACUCUGCGCCGCACACCGCAGACGCGUACAGAUCGUCAAGGGCCGUUACAUUUUGGCCGAGAAGAGCUCACACAACGUCAACAUUGAUGAGCCGGGUCUCGUGGCGCGUGAGGCCAUGACAUUGCUUGGAAACGAGUGGCGUGCCGACUAG